CCGUUUGGUUUCUACGGUGCAUGCUACUGAUCCUUAAAUAGUGGGAUUUAACGUUUUGAAUUUCGAAUUUCCCUUCAUCUCUUUUGAAAUCACACCGUAGACUACUUUCUCUCUCGAUCGUUCUCCUCACGCCUACAACUCAAAACCCUAAACAAGCCCUAAAUAAGGUCAUGAAUUGAGUUUUUGAUCAGAGUGAAGGCCAUUCAUGAUUGGAUGAAGGCUACGAAUAUUUGGAAAUCAAUAGGUAUUGCGAACAGAGGAAUAGAUUUCUUCUCCUCUAUCCACCUGGAAAAAACUAUGGAAGGUUUGAAGAAUUUUAUUCUAAGUUACCUGUUGAUUGCCAUCUCUAUAGUUCCUCCUUUCUGGGAUAAAUCAGAGGUUAUUGAUCAUGGAAGCAAAAAUAAAAUCUUGCUAACCAUGAAUUUAACCAAUCUCAUUUAG